AGCAGAGGGGGAGACGACUCAGGGGCGCACAGCAGCAGAGACGCCCACACACACUGAAGGCACCAAGACGCGCUAUAAAAACGUGACUCGGGAUUUUGAGUGUCAGUGGGGAUCCUUUUACAAUCUUCAAGCCACCAUGAAACACCCACACGGAUUCAGUCAUGGGAAUUACUCCACAAAGGACAUCGAGGCAUUGGCUUUUAUCAAAGGGAAGCUUGAUAUCUGAUCUGAAGCAAAAGACAUCUUUUUCCUCUGUUUGUGAACUCUUCCGAAAUUGUUUCAUAGACCCCGUCUGUGGAGUUUCUCUGGAUACCUGAUUGUCAAGGAGAACUAUCUUCUGGCUGUUCAGCUGGACUGACAACAUUAUCUGAACUAUGUAGUGCCUCCCUUAACUAUGGCCUUCAUGAGCUUCAGCGUUCAGUGAUGUUAGCUCUGAGCCACUACAACUCCUCCGCCUCCCCACUCCUCCCUCGUUUCUCUAAUGACAGCGCAGGGAAGGUGGAGGCCAUGGUGGCUGUUGAAGGGCUGUCGCAGCAGGGAAACCUUACCUUGGUGCAACCCACCAACAGUGGCGUCAUUGUCGUCAUACUGUCCAUGACACUGGGCAUCAUCUCCAACAUUGUGGCCCUCUUCAUCCUGGCCAAUGCCUACUCCCUCCAGCGGCGGCGCACCAAAGCCACAUUCCUUCUGUUUGCUACUUCACUGGUGGUCACAGACUUCUUCGGCCAUGUGAUCCCUGGUGCCCUGGUUCUCCGACUCUACCUCCAUGGAGGUGUACACCCCAACUCCUCCGAUAGGAUGUGUCAGUUCCUGGGCGGCAGCAUGGUGUUCUUUGGCCUGUGCCCACUCUUCAUGGGCUCUGCCAUGGCUGCUGAGCGCUGCCUGGGUGUCACAAAGCCUCUGCUGCACUCAUCCCUGGUCACCAAAACCCGCACAAAGAUCUGCCUGUCAGUCAUCUGGCUGGCAGCUCUGUGUGUGGCCAUGCUGCCCUGCUUUCAGCUGGGCUCUUACACCUAUCAGGACCCAGGGACCUGGUGUUUCAUCAAAGUGCUCAGUGACACUCAGGAGGUGGAUUUGGCGUUUGUGGUGCUGUUCUCUGGACUAGGUCUGACCUCGCUAGCUGUGGCACUGGUGUGCAACACCAUCAGUGGACUGACGCUGGUGCUGGCUCGGUUCAGGAGGCAGCUGGGCUCCCAUCACUCAGCAAAGUCCCAUGAUAUAGAGAUGGUGGUGCAGCUGGUCGGCAUCAUGGUCACCUCGUGUAUCUGCUGGAGCCCUCUGCUGAUCUUUGGCCUGAUAUCGGUGAUCCGUUCCUACACAGGAUCUAACGGAGAGGACUUGUCCAGCUAUAAAACCCUGAUGGUGAUGGGCGUGAGGCUGGCCACAUGGAACCAGAUCCUCGACCCCUGGGUGUACAUCCUGCUGCGUCGCACCGUUCUACGCAAAAUCUACCUCAUCGCCAAGUGCCAGGCAGGACUGAGGGGGAAUAUAUUAGGCCGCUGGGAGCCGACCUCUUUUCACAGCUCAGAGAAGAAGCAGGUCAACCAAGUAUGAGCUGAGAGAAAGACUGAUAAAGUACCUUGUGGAUUUACUUUACUGAACAUACUGUAAACUGUGCAAAUGAAAAGCUUUAGAAGGAGAUACCCACAGGAGCAUGUGAAAGGAACUAGCUUUGUGGCUGUGAUGGAGGAGCUUAUUAGGUUAGAAGUGCAGUUUGCAAUUUCUCAGUUGGUCCACUUCACAAAUGCUUAAUGGAUUCAAUCAAAAUAUCUCUUUCAGUCUUCUUAAAAAUUUGAGUUUAUUGUCUGACCUUACAAAUGGAAGCUAGCUAAUGCUAUGAUUUUGCACAUAAACUUUCUAGUGUUUACUUAUAAUAAGUGGACAUUCCUGGUUAUGAUUGUAUUCUCAUUUGGAAACUCAUAGUAUUGAAGGCCACAGAUGUAGGCCACAUUUAUGAAUGCAGUACUAACCACACUCUGUCCUAAAAGACUCUAAGGUUUGCAGGAGUCAUAGAAGGGCCGAGGUUUAUUUGGUUUUAUUUCUCAACUUCAGUUUCACCAGCUUUGGAAGGUAAAGAAAAUGAUAAGUUGACUUGCUAACAUUAUAUAAAUGUGGAGGAAUUGAGCUGUAGCAGUAUAACCACCAGAGGGAGCUCCAGAGGAAAACCAGAAGACUGCACUCAGUAAUGGUAAUUAUUCUGCUGAAUGUAUUUCAUUAAGGACUGUUAAUAUUCAAAUACUUUAUGCAUUUUUAAGUUUAAAUAUGCUUUCCAUAUGUUUAUACAGUGCUCUGUGUGAAAUAAUGUAAGAUUUUAUAAGUUAAUACUUGAAUUGUACCCUCAAUUUACUGAGGAUAUGUUGAGAACUUUAAAUUGAAUGUAAAUAAAACAAUGCAAUGUGUCCUUA